AUGAGUUCAACAAAUGACACCCGCGAGUUUGUCUCGCUCGGCAUGUUCAUUAUCGACGAGUUCACGUUCGUGGAUGACAAGGGCGAGCCUACGGGGCAGACACUCCCACCUCAGAUUGGAGGUGGAGGUACCUACGCCGCCAUCGGCGCACGCAUAUGGCUUCCGCCUUCAAAAUUAGGCAUGAUCAUCGACAGAGGCAAUGACUUCCCAUCGCAUAUACAGGGAGUCUUGGAUGCAUUUGGCUCGGACAUGUGGCUCUUCAGGGACAACCCUGAUCGCGGAACGGCAAGGGCGAGGAAUUCUUACCAAGGCGAAUCGCGCGGAUUUGAGUACCUCACGCCGAGGAUACGAAUCACACCCCGCGAUCUUGUGGGGACAAGGCUGGCACGCCCGCGCAUCAUCCACUUCAUCUGUUCCCCGGAGCGCGCGAGCGCGAUCAUGGCGGAGGUUAAGGAGGAACGCGACUGGUACCCUAUCACGGUGUACGAGCCCAUACCCUUUCGAUGUGUGCCCGAGGAGCUGCCCGCCCUCCAGAAGGUGCUGUCUGACAUCUCGGUCUUGAGCCCGAACGCGGAGGAAGCCUUCUCGCUCUUGUCAAUGCCGCUCAUCACAACAAAGGAGCUCGUCGAGGAGGCCUGCUGCCGAUUCCUCGAAAUGGGCGUCGGCCCCAACGGCACCGGCCACGUUAUCGUCCGCAGCGGCGCCUUGGGCGCAUGCAUUGCGCAGCGCGGGCAGCCCUUUUCCUGGAUUGACGCGUACUGGAGCGGACUGGAAGGCGCGAGCAAGGUGGUGGACGUCACAGGUGCUGGGAACAGCUUUCUCGGAGGCCUCGCGGCCGGGCUCGUCCUGUCGAAUGGCGACGUGCGCGAAGCCACGCUGUAUGCCACCGUCUCGGCAUCGUUCGUCAUCGAGCAGGAGGGCCUGCCGCGUCUCACGCAGGUCGACGGAGACGCUGCCGACGGCCGCGCGCGGGCCGAGCAGUGGAACGGGGACUCGCCGUUGCGGCGGGUGGAAGAGCUACAGCGCCGUCUAGCGACGGCGGAAGGUACAAAGUGA